AUGGGGGAGAGUGUCCUCAGUAUUUCCGGCGGAAAUCGUGCAGUCCCAUCCACGGCGACGGGGACAACGGUGGCAGUCUCGGCGGAACCGUUCGAGGCCGUCACGCCCGAGACGAUCGUCUUGCCGUGCGGUCUCACCCGGGCCGAAGUGAUCCGCAAGGUCGAAGGCGGGGACAUGGACGGGUUGACCGAGACGGACGUCAAGCAGGUCCAGGAUGAAAUGUGGAUCCGGGCCAAGGAGACUGCUGGGGGUGUGUCUAUACGCAAAGAUGGAAAUUAUCGGCGGAAACCCGGUCCGGCGAAGGGGUGGAAGAUGAUGCGCGGGGAAGACUCGACGAGUCUUUCUAAAAAGGGUGGAGGGGGAAGUAGUGUGGUCGACGAAGAUGAGAGUAGGAGUGUGGGAGCAGGGGCAGGGGCUGAGGAUGAUAUUGCGGCGUUGUUGGAUGAACAGGAGGAAGGGGGGUCCAUGCUUGGAGAGACGGGAGCGGGAGCAGCAGGGAAGAAGAAGAAGAUCGGGAAGCGGAAGCGUACCGCCACGCAGGACGCGACCAAGACGGCGGCGGCGGCGGCGAAGUUGAAGGCGAAGAUGGCGGCUGAGGCAGCGGCGGCUGUUGAGGCUGAGACGGGGGUGGGGGCUGGGGCCGAGGGUGAGGCUGGAGAGGGAGCUGCAGCGGAAGGUCUGGCUGCGCUUGUUGCUGCCGCCGGAAUGGGGGCAGGAGGGGACGAGGGGGAUAUCAGUGUUUUUGGGGAACCGGCAGACAAGGCGGUGGUGGAGAAGGUGGAGAAGGACGGAAGGGGGAUCUCGGAAGUUGAGGCGAAAGUGCGAUUGGGGCAGGUGGAGGAUUUACAGAAGAUUGUUUGGUCGACUAUAGUGAGGGAUAUGCCGAGGAUGUACAGAGUCUACCAAUCCUACGAUGCCUUUGCCAAGCAGGAUAAACUCCGUGUGGCGCAGGCGUGCAUCCGAAACGCGGUGACCCAGCGGAGCAUCAAGCCGACCUACAAGAGCGUGGCGAGGGUGAAUAAGGAGCAGCAGACGAAGGCCAAGAAGGUGAUCAAAGAGAUGCUCCUCUACUGGCGCAAAAACGAAAAAGAAGAAGUCGCCUCGCGCAAAAAGGCUGAGAAAUCCGCGCUCGAAAAGGCCAAAGCGGAGGAAGAGUCUCGCGAGGCCAAACGACAAUCCCGAAAACUCAACUUCUUGCUCACUCAGACGGAACUGUAUAGUCACUUUAUCGGCAAGAAGAUCAAGACGGCGGAUGCGGAACGGCCGGAUGAUGAGGAUAUUGAUGUUGCGGAGGGGGCCGAGACGGAGGCGAAUGCGGAGAUUGGGCUGGAUGCGGAUGGGGAGGCAUUGCCGGAUAUUGAUUAUGAUGAUGAUGACGAGGAGAAUCUUCGGAAACACGCUGCUCGGGGUGCUCAGGCCGCUAUUGUCGCUGCUCGGGACAAGGCGAGGGCAUUCGACGAGGCUAUGCCCGGAGCGAAGAAGAAGGCGGAGGAAGCUAUGCCUAUCGACCUGGACGGGGACGAGCUCAACUUCCAGAACCCCUCUCUCGGCGCCGAUUCCAUCACCAUCACCCAGCCCAAAAUGCUCAUGGCUCAACUGAAAGAGUAUCAGCUCAAGGGUCUCACCUGGCUCGGAAAUUUGUAUGAGCAGGGAAUCAAUGGUAUUUUGGCGGACGAAAUGGGUUUGGGAAAGACCAUCCAAUCCAUCUCCCUCCUCGCCUACCUCGCUGAACAUCACAAUCUUUGGGGUCCGUUCCUCGUCAUCGCCCCGUCGUCCACCCUGCACAACUGGCAACAAGAGCUAGCGCGUUUCGUGCCCCGCCUCAAAGCUCUGCCCUACUGGGGUGCACCGAAAGAUCGGGAAACGCUACGCCGGAUCUGGAGCAGGAAGAAUAUGACGUUUGAUGAGGAGAGUCCAUUCCAUAUUCUGAUUACAUCGUAUCAGCUUGCUGUGCUAGACGAGAAGUACCUCUCCGGUGUUAAGUGGCAGUACAUGAUCCUGGACGAAGCGCAGGCGAUCAAGUCGGCUUCUUCGGCCAGAUGGAAGAGUCUGCUCAGUCUGCCGUGUCGGAACAGGCUGCUCUUGACGGGUACUCCGAUCCAGAACUCGAUGCACGAACUCUGGGCUCUGCUCCACUUCAUCAUGCCCUCGCUGUUCGACUCACACGAAGAGUUCUCGGAGUGGUUCUCCAAGGAUGUCGAGAAUGCCGCUGCGGGCGGAUCAGGGAGUUUGCAGCCUGAGCAGCUGAGGCGGCUGCAUAUGAUCUUGAAGCCGUUCAUGUUGAGGCGGGUCAAGAAGCACGUACAGAAGGAGCUUGGGGAUAAGAUCGAGAUCGACGUGUUGGUCGACCUCUCUCAGCGCCAGCGGGCCAUCUACAAAGCCCUUCGCCAACGCGUUUCCGUAUCAGACCUCAUCGCCCAAGCUUCAUCCUCAAUCGACGGCGCCAACCCCAACUCCACCAAGAACCUCAUGAACCUCGUCAUGCAAUUCCGAAAAGUCUGCAACCACCCCGACUUGUUUGAACGCGCCGACGUCGUCUCCCCUUUCAUGUUCGGCACCUUCUCGCAGUCGAAUCUCUCGCGGGAAGCGGACGGGAUGUACCUCCCCGACUCGGCGAAAAACGCUAUCCACGUGGAGUUGCCCCGCCUCGUCUGGGACGAGAGUGUCGAUCGGCCAAGGGAGGAAGGGAAUGCAGGGAGCGAGGGAUGGGUGUUGAGGAACUUGUGUAGUAUUUGGCGCCCGGACUGGAUUAGGGGGAGGUUGGAGGAGAAGGAGCAUGCGAAUGAGGGUUGGGGGUUCUUAAAGAUCAAGGAGAUGGGUGAGACGGAGGCGUGUCGGAGGGCGAAGGGGCAUCCGUUGGUGGAGCUCCUGGAAGAAGUUGGGGAGGCGGUCCGGUCAAAUUCGUACGAGGGCGUUGAGCUGAUGUGUAGUGAUUCCGACUUUGCAGCGUCAAAGCGGCGCAAGCUCACUCCCCUUGCACCUCGCGUUCCCUCCACAUGCCACCUCGACACACCCCUCCGAGAUAUCUCUUCCAUCGCGUGGAACACGUCCAUCCUCUCCCGUCCCGAAUCCCGCUUCACCCUCGACAAAGCUACCGCACCUCCUCUCCGACCCGUCAUCUCCUCCCGCUCCUUCCUCGACGCUCAAGUUCGGCGGUCCGCCGACCCUUUGGUCCGGUCCGCAAUGUACGGCGCCGCACCCUCGGAGCUCAAUUCCCCUAAGGCCAUCUCGGCACUACACAACCUCCUCCCUUCCCUGCCGCCCCAAGGUCUCUUUGCUGCAUCCUUAGCUACGCAGGGCACGCCCCCGACGAUGCUCAUCCCGCCUAUCAAGCGCUUGAUCGUCGAUUCGGCCAAGCUCGCUCGGCUGGACUCGCUCCUUCGCGAGCUCAAAGCGGGCGGGCACAGGGUGCUGCUUUACUUCCAGAUGACGCGGAUGAUGGAUCUGGUGGAAGAGUACUUGAUCUAUCGGCAGUAUAAGUACUUGCGGCUGGAUGGGAGCAGCGCGAUUGGGGAUAGGAGGGAUAUGGUCACCAACUGGCAAACCAAUCCCGACUACUUUGUCUUCUGCCUCUCGACUCGGGCUGGUGGUUUGGGUAUCAACUUGACCUCCGCGGAUACCGUCAUCUUCUAUGACCACGAUUGGAACCCCUCAAACGACGCUCAGGCCAUGGACCGAGCUCAUCGAGUCGGCCAGACCAAGCAGGUCACUGUGUACCGCCUCAUCGCUAGGGGUACCAUCGAAGAGCGUAUCCUCAAGCUCGCUCGCGCCAAGAAAGACGUUCAAGACAUCGUGGUCGGUACCAAAUCCCUCACGGACGUCGCCAAGCCCUCCGAGAUCGUCUCGCUCUUCAUGGACGACGAGGAGCUCGCCGAGAGCGUCGCCAAGCGCAAGCAGGCCGAAGCGCACGGAUACAUCGCGCCUAUCAUAUCGGGACCGAACGGUGGGAAGGGCAAAUCAGCCUUUGGUGAUGGGCUCGGAGGCGACGACGAGGACGACUUCUUCUCUACCGGACGACAGGUGGUCAAUGGGGAAGAUGAGGACUUUGGGGAUGAGGCUGGAGGAAGUAGCAGUGGGGCUGCAGUGAGUGCGAGUGGGGGUGCGAAGAAGAAGAGUGGGGGAAGUAAGCGGAAGGCGCCGGCUGAUGGUAAGCCUCCUUUCUUGAUGGAGUUUGGGCAAGAGCUGAUCCGACAGGUGAAAAGAAGGCUGCGCCAAAGAAGAAAAAGGUCAAGAUGA